AUGAAGAUGAAGGAGUCAGAAAAUGUAUCUCACUACAUUACGUGCGUACAGACCGUGGCAAAUAAACUAAAUCGAAAUGGAGAAAUGUUACCCGAGACGCAGGUUGUGGAGAAGAUCUUGAGGUCGUUAACCGACAACUUCAAGAAUGUUGUAUGUGCGAUAGAAGAGUCAAAGGAUCUAGCGAAGUUCACAGUGGAUGAACUCGCCGGUUCUCUCGAGACACACGAGCAACAAGAGUCAAAGGAUCUAGCGAAGUUCACAGCCGAUGAACUCGCCAGUUCUCUCGAGACACACGAGCAACGUAAGAAAAAGAAGGAGGAGACACUCGAUCAAGCGCUUCAGAUUAAGGCAUCAAUAAAGGAUGAAAAGGAGCUGUUUCAUGAUCCCGACGACUCGCGGGUGAUGUGUGUGAACGUCAAAGGCGUCGAAUUAGGCAUAAAGCACGCGACGCCUGUGAUGAUACCUAGAGCUACCGACUUCAUAAUCUCGACUACUAGCGUGGCAAGCGUUUCAGAAGGAAUGUGUCCACACACCUACACAACAUCCAAACAUGAUAUUGUCGGCCUCACUAAGAACACUGCCCACGAACUUGGCCGCUAUGGUAUAUGUGUCAACUGCAUUUUGCCGUUCGGAGUUGCCACGACGAUGCUCGUGAAUGCGUGGAUGGAUGACGGAAACGAGUGCAAGAACUUCGGGAUUCAGUCGCCGGUUGUGGUGGAUCAAAUGGAGGAGUUCGUUAGGGGUUUGACCAAUAUUAAGGACUCCACAAUGAGAGCAUAUGCUCAGAGUGGACAAUAUCAUACCAUUGGUGUGGAGAUCUGUGAUUCCAAAUAG